AUGGUGGAAACACCAAAUAAAUCUUCCUCUUCCAACACCAAUACUGAAAAAUCAACCCUUCAUCCAGCAUUCACAGUGACAAAUGUGCACCUAAAGAUCCGUACACUCGACGGGGAGAAAACACCGUACUCAAAUUGGGUGAAAUUGUUCGGAAAUCAUCUCAAAAUCUACAAGAUCCUCCACCACAUUGAUGGCACAAAGCCGCCUUCCAAAGAAGAUCCGACCUAUGAUGCAUGGGAAGAGAUUGAUGCCCUCAUUCUUCAGUGGAUUAUAGUACUAGCUGCAACCUUAGAACAACAGUUUACCAACUCAGCCCUCUCAGCAUUCUCCUCAUUUGAUGAAUAUUGUCAAAAGUUGAAAGACAUCGCCACCCAACUCGGUGAUAUCGAUCAACCUGUGUCUGAAAGUCGCCUCGUUAUUCAGAUGGUUCGUGGUCUUCCUGUUGAAUAUGAUACUAUCGGGAACCCCACAUGA